UAUCUAUGGCUAAAAAGAGGAAUCGGAAAAAUAUGGUAGGUUAUGUUUGGUUAAUGUUUCCUUAAACUUUUGUCUAAUUUUCUUAAACAAUGGACAUAAAAAGAGAAAAACGAAAUGAAACAGACGAAACUGUGGAAAUAAUCCACCUGGAUAUUGAAGGGGAUAACCGAUUGGACGAUAACAAGAUCAAAGCUGAAACCCCAAAAACUGCCAAGGAUUUGUUUUCGGAUUUUAAACCUGAUUCGGCAAGCGAUUUCGAUCCGAACGAUGAAGAAGAUGAUUCUGAAGAGGACGAUGAUCAACCAUUAUCGAAAAGAAUAAAAAAGGAACAUAUUAGAGGUCGGAAAAGAGAAUCGAAAUCAAAUGGGACCCCAAAUUCAAAGAGACAGUACUUACAAAAGUAUAAGAAGGAGUGGGAAGAUAUACCAUCAGUUAAGCCAUGGCUUUCAGAAAGUGUUCAUGGUGAAACUUAUUUUUACUGCAAAUUCUGUAAGAAAGACUAUAAGUGCGGGAAAUCUGAGGUAUUCAAACAUAUGUCAUCUAUGAAACACAAAAGGAAUACUACACAUCCACCAUCUGAGAAGGUUAUUAAGAAGCAAAUGAUGAAGUUUAGAGGGUUGCUGUGUCCUGUCGUAACACCAUUUGUAAAGUCUAGAGCCAAAGAUGUUUGCUAUGACUUGAUAAAGCCAUAUAUAAAAUUCUUAAAAGCUUGUGGAGUUAAAGGUGUUCUUGUGAACGAUGUAUUGGGGGAAGGUAUGUCACUCACCAUUAGUGAAAGAAAAAGAGUUCUCGAAUAUUGGGUAAAUUUGUGCAAGGAAUGUGGCAUUUUUGUUAUGGUACAAAUAGGAGGAGCACCUUUGAGAAGUGUAAUUGAACUGGCUCUUCAUGCUGAAAAAACUGGCGUCGGCGCUAUUGUUCUUCUACCGGACCUUUAUCACAGACCGAAGGAUCAUUUAGACCUGAUCCGUUAUAUUAAGACAGUUUCUCAUAGUACUGGGUCAAUGCCAAUACUGUACCACCACUAUCCAAAGUUUACAGCACUUGAUAUGGAUAUGAAGAAGUUCCUGUUGGACAUAACCGGAGAAGUGGACACAUUUGUAGGGUUAAUUUAUUCUACAGGAGAUUUACAAGAUACCGUCUCAGUCAUGGAAUUGAAUCCCGAAAAGUUUGUGGUAUUCAUGGGAACAGAUGAGGGUAUGUUGGGUGCGGUAGCUAGCGGUUUCACCUGUGUGAUGGGCAAUAGUUUGAAUAUACUUCCAAAACUCGCAGAAUCGAUCUGUUCCUGUAUGAAAAAUGGAGAAAUCAAAAGCGCGCAAGCAUCACAAAGUUUACUAACAAAAGCAAUCACAAAUAUAUAUAAUUAUGGUGAGAUGGUUCCGGCUUUGAAAGCAGCCAUGAGUAUAGUAACCAAACUGCCAAUGGAUACUGUCCGAGAUCCCAUGCAGGGAAUAUGGGAAGGAACCCUAAUUAAAAUGAGAGAAAAAUUGAGAGAAAUUGGGAUUAUAUAAUUGGUUUGUUCAUGAAUUAAGAGAAAAUUUCAGGCUCAAAAUGAUUUCGGUGAAUUUUUAUAAAGUAAAUUUUAUAUUUAUCAAUUUUUUAGUUUGGUUAUUGUCUUAUCCAAAGAUUUUAGAGCUCAUCUUAUUAUCUAAAUUGGAACACAGAUUUUUAUAUUGACACCUUUGGUAAGCUUUAAACUGAAAUAGCCAGGAGUUUUUAUCUGAACAUUGUGGAGAUGUUUAAAGUCUGUAUUUAUAAAAAGAUCCUUUCUUAAAUAUUGGUUAUAGUAAAACUUUUUUUACUUUAUUUAUUAAUAAAUGAAAUUUUGUAGAAAGUCUAAGCUGUGUUUG